GUGUGAUGCAGGUGAAUAAUUCCACUAACAGCACUGAGGAUGCUGAAGUGGAGGACACUGUGGCCUUCCCUAAUGAUCUGUACAGCCAGGCGUCCAAAGCAUCAGCUGAGGAUAAACUUGGUUUCACAGUGCAGGUUCUGGAGGAGAUGGCCGUCCUGUUUGAGGAGGAUCACAGCGCUGCAUCAUGGGAGGAGAGCACAGUGAAGGACUUUGUCAACAUUGUGACCCAGCAGGCUGACGGCCUUCACUCCUGUACUGGGAGCCACAGCCACAAGAAGAAGAACAAGAAGCUGCACAUGUAUUUCAAGAGACUGUCAGGCCACGUCCUAGAACGAAUGGUAAGUCUAUCUAUCUAUCUAUGGACUCUAGGCACCUGCGCCUCUAGGUCUGGUGCUCAGAUCGCAUCUGAAGAUCAGAUGCGCAGAGGCCGAGUCGAGACCACGGGAAAUACAUUAGAUGGAUGUAUACGUCAUGGUCUGAUGCAUGGAUGGAUGCAUCCGACUCAGGUCCAGGGCUGCCGUGGCCUGCAGCCGGGACCCUGGCGUCUGACCACCAGUCACCCCGAGUCUCCUCCGGUGAAGGAGAGUGUACGAAGUAAACGCAGUGAAGAGGCUCUAGAUACCAUCUCGGUUUGUGAGAACUGGUGA